CCUUAGCUGCACUACAAUUUUCAUGCAGGAUGGUGUGGAUAUCGUUUAUUCCAACGUUUCCUCCCUGCGACUGGAUAGGGCCAAGACUGACAACGUCCUGGUGGCAGAGCAUUUGGUGGUAACACUUUGAAGAAACCGCUCCGUCGUCAAUGUCCAUUACAAUUUUUUCAGGCGCACGUCUGAGAAUAGAGGGUUUUCUUUUGCAGGGGACCGAGCCAGCUCUGGGUUCGAGAUGGCAAAUACGGCCGGGGGUAGGUCACGCCUCGACGUUCUCAAAGGGUGCGACCGUCUCUAUUUGGAGCGGAUAUUAUGGAACUCGUUGGACUCGGUGGACGAUGUCGAGGGGGGAUGGUUGUACAAUGCCUUAUUGGACAUCGAUAAAGCUGAUAGGGCGUUCUGAUGGUGGUGGUUGUAAAUGCUCAUACUCUCCUCUAGAGGAUAGGAGUCAUGUUUGAAAAAUCUCCGUGGAAGCAUAUAUACUUCCGUGGUGGUAUUCCGGUCUCGGCUACACAGGCCCACUGAGACUGACACAGUAAGCUAUAAAGAAUUUCUCCGUUUCCUCGCUCCAUUGGCUCCGACAAUCUAAGGU